UUUCUCUGGCCCUGGGCUGCCAGCCCCUGUCCGAUCGGCAUAAAAGGGCUUCGCCCGGCUCGGGGAGCCACAGAAUCCGCUCCGCCAGCCCUCCAGCCCGCCUUCCCGCCGCAGGCAGCGACCCUCCGAGCUGAACCCCAUGGCCCGCGCCGCGACCCCCGCCGCCGCCCGGCUCCUCCGCGCCGCGCUACUGCUCCUGGUCCUGGUGGCCGCCGGCCGGCACGCAGCAGGUGCGACCUGGCGCCCGGCAUCCCCAGGGCGGGACGGGGGCGGGUGGGGGCCCAUCCCGGGACAGCCCCCUAACCGAGUCUGUCCUCCCCGCAGGGGCGCCUGUGGUCACCGAACUGCGCUGCCAGUGCCUGCAGACCGUGCAGGGGAUUCACCUCAAGAACAUCCAGAGCGUGAAGAUGACGCCCCCGGGACCCCACUGCGGCCAAACGGAAGUCGUGUAAGUGCCGCCGCUGUUGCUGUGCUUGUCACCCCCUCCUUCCCGACGACCCCAGCCCGACCCCCAGCCCGACCUCACGUGGAUUCUCCCUUCUCUCUGCAGAGCCACUCUCAAGGCUGGUCAGGAAGUUUGCCUCAACCCUGAAGCUCCCAUGGUUAAAAAAAUCAUCAACAAGAUGCUAAACAAGGGCAGCACCAACUGACCUAGAGAGAAGUAAGAAGCUCAUAGGGCAUUUCCUGAAGAGUGGUCUCUGCUCUUGUAGGAACUGAAAAUGAAGAAGAGAACAGCUGGCUUCUGGGGACACCAAGAAGGGACUUGAUGUGCUGGACUAUUUUUUAUUAUGAGUUCUAUUUAUUUAUACAUGUAUUUAUUUAUUUUUAUAGCUCAUUUUAAUAUUUUACAUGUUAGUAUUUAAAGAUUUCAAUGUGUUUAAUCAAACUUAACUCAGUCCUGAUUGUUAUUUAAUAUGAGGAUGACGGGUUCUAAAUGUCUCAUUAAACUGAUAUUUAUUGGGAGACCAUAAAGUGCCAGGCACUGUGAUAGAGGUGGAGGGGGUGGGUGCAAGAGGGGAUCCACGCAAUUGGACAGUGAGAUCACUAUGAGAAUCAGGGAAAGUGUGUGCACAUCUAUGUUUGUACUUGUUUAAAACAAUGUCAGUUAUUAUUUAUUGAAAUGAUCUCUUUAUGUGGUCAACAUUUUUAUGUUGAAGCUUCCCUUGGACAUUUUAUGUCUUUCUUGUAGGGCAUAAUGCCUUGUUUAAUAUUCAUUAUAUAGUGUUUCUCUUUGUUUUGGAACAGAGAAGUUAAAACUAUUGUUAAAUUUUUUUAAAU